AUGAAGCCUUCUUCUUCUCCUUUGAAUCGAAAAGCCUUGUCUCGAGCCAGUACGGACAAGCCUUUUCAACCUCUCUCUCAAUGCUCCUCACCUCAUCCAGGCAAAGCCAUGACAACUAUGAAUUCAAUCCAUGAAAAGAUGAUCACACUUUCAUGCUCGAAACCUUCCAAGAUACAACCCACCACUCAUAUGCCACUUGACAGUCCUGAACUUCCAGUCCGACUGUAUUCCAAAGAAGAUUAUACCUUCUCUUCACUCCUCUUAUCACCCAACGAUGCAAUUGUAAACUCUCCAAAUUCUCUCUCGUUGGGUGGUACGUGUUCGCCACUGAUAUUCCCAACAGCCUCGAAUUUGGAUGAUCAAGUGAAUCAAUGGCUACCAUCUGUGUCUGAACUCUUGGAUGAACGGUUCGAUUUGAAUGCGACAAGAAUAACAACAACCACCACAACAAGUACUAUUAUGGAUCAAGGAGAUGCUUGUCGAGAUUUUGCUCAAUUGUUAGAACGGAGAGGAAUUGAUUCCCCAAAUAAGGAAAAUAGAGCCUUUAAGAAUCAUGAUGGAGCAUCUCCAAGAAAAACGACUCGGAUGGUUGUUCCAUUUCCAACCACCUCCAGUUCAAGUACAUCCACCACUUCUAACAUGUGUCAGUCAUUACCUAAUUUAUAUUCACAAUAUUCUGCUAGCAGCUAUGGAAUUCCAACAGUUAUGGUUCAAGCAUUUUUCAAUCGAAUGAAUUUGUUAGAUUCACAACAUCCUUCGAAUUCACAACAAGGAUCUUCAAUAUCCGCACAUGCACAACAAUAUUUAAACUCUAACAGAACUACUUGGAAUGGUCACAACAUGUUACGGCCAAGAGUGUCACCUCAACGAUGUCUCACACCAGAACCAAAUCGUCCUUCUUCACCUCCUUCUGUGAAGAGACAAUAUCGAAAAGUGAAACGAGAAAUGUCUACAAUGAAGACCAUUGUUCCACCUACUCUGUCGUCACCAAGAGGAAUUACGAAAACUUCGUCAAGAAAUGAUUCACGAAGAAUUUUGGUAAAUCGAGUAGCUCAAUUAUUCCAAAAUCCAGACGAAGAAGAUGCUCUUUAA